AUGGGGCGGGCGGCCGCACGGGUGGUGGCGAGGAGGGCGGCGUCGCUGGUGCAUCGACACGUGGCAGGCCGCGAUGGCGCAGCGCUCGAAGCAGCGGCGGCAGCGGUAGGCGCGGGGGGACGCCUGGGAGUGAGGGUGGGGGUAGACGCUUCGAGCACCACUGUGGUUGCCACCGCCGUGGCUACGGCAACGGCAGCAGAGACUGCAGCGGUGGCAGCGGGAGGAGGACGAGUAGGGGCGGCAUGUGCGCUUGGAUCUAGGCCCGCGUGUUGCGAUGUGAUUGCAGCAGCACUGUCGUCGUCGCGAGCAGCGGCAAUCUCGAGAAUGGGCGCGAAGGGGUUGCUCACAGGCGGCGCGUGGAGACACAGAGCCAUGGCGCGUGGCGUCUAUGGAACCACCCCCCCCGCCGCCACCUCCGCAACUCCAAGCACCGCGUUUGGCAUCCCCAUGAAUCUGAGGGCUCUGACAAAUUUCUCUUCUGCUCGCGCUGCCUCGCAAACUGCUGCCUUUACCACCUCUGCUGCUGCUGCUGCUGCUGCUGCUGCUGCUGCUGCUGCUGCUGCUAGCGAAGGAGUGACGGCGGCAGCGGUGUCGGCGGCAGCAACAGCCGCAGCUGGGACUGGCGCUGGCGGGGCGAAGGGAGGCGCUUCAGCUGCUGCGAGCAGAUCGAAAACACACUGGGCGCGUUUGGCGGGGGCGACGCUGGUGGGGUCCACCAUGACUGCGGGCGUGCUGCUCAGCACUCAGGACCCCCAGACCAUCAGCAAGUGGUCGUUUGCAGCAGCGGACGCCCUCACCCCCUUCCUCCGCCUACUCGACCCCGAGGCAGCGCACCGCCUCGCGCUCCUCUCAGCCGAGCUCUCCCUCGUGCCGCACGAGCACCGCCCCGACCCGCCCGCGCUCUGCAUCGCCCUCUGGAACCGCGCCUUCCCCAACCCCGUGGGGCUGGCCGCGGGGUUUGACAAGGAUGGGCGCGCAGUGGACGGGCUGCUGGGCAUGGGGUUCGGGUUCAUGGAGAUUGGCAGCGUUACUCCCGCGCCGCAGCCGGGCAACCCCAAGCCAAGAGUUUGGCGGAUCCCGGAGCAAAAGGCGGUGAUCAACCGGUACGGGUUCAACAGUGAGGGCAUAGCAGCAGUGGCGGAGCGGCUUGGUGCGCAGCAGGGCAGGCGGCGGGCCGUGGAGAAACCCGAGGGGCUCAAAACGGGCAAGGACCGCGCUGCUGCCCCGCCCGCAGCCGGGGGCAACGCGGGCAGGCGCGGACUGGUGGGGGUGAACCUGGGGAAGAACAAGUGGACGGACGACGCUGCAGAGGAUUUCGUGCAGGGCAUGCACACCCUCGCACAGUAUGCGGAUUUCCUGGUCGUGAAUGUGUCCUCGCCUAACACGCCGGGGUUGCGGAAGCUGCAGGGGAGGCGGCACCUGCAUGGGCUGCUCAAGAAGGUGCUGGCGGCAAGGGAGGAGAUGCAGUGGGGCGAGGAGGGCCCUCCGCCGCUGCUGCUCAAGAUAUCCCCAGACCUCUCCCAUCAGGACAUGGCCGACAUUGCCGCUGUGGCUCUCUCUCUCAAGCUCGAUGGCCUGAUAGUGGGCAACACAACGGUAUCGCGCCCUGACUCUGUGCUGGGGCUGCUGCAUGCGGAUGAGCCGGGGGGCCUCAGUGGCCGCCCGCUCUUCGACCCCUCCACAAACACCCUGCGCGAAAUGUACCGCCUCACCAAGGGCCGGAUCACGCUCAUAGGAUGUGGCGGCAUUUUCAGCGGCGCUGAUGCAUAUGCCAAGAUACGCGCGGGGGCAUCGCUGGUGCAGAUAUACACAGCCAUGGUGUAUGAGGGUGCAGGGGUGCUGCCCCGAAUCAAGCGCGAGCUAGCAGAGUGCCUGGCGCGGGAUGGGUUCGAGUCGGUGGAAGAUGCAGUGGGGGCGGACCAUAGGGCAGCAGCAGCGCUGCACAUGCACGCAUGA